AUGACGUCAAUUGCAUUAGAAAGACUUAGCCAAACGAAAAAUCCAGAUGGAUUUUAUCUUAUUCAUGAAGCAUCUAAAAAUGGCAAUCUCAAACUUGUUAAAUAUCUUGUUGAAUAUGGUUGUGAUAAAGAAUUACGUAGUAGAAGUACAUUUACUCCACUUAUUUGGGCAUCAAGAUAUGGCAAACUUGAAGUUGUUAAAUAUCUUAUCUUUCUUGGGGCUGAUAUAGAAGCAAAGACAAAUGAUGGAAGGACUCCACUUAUUUCGGCAUGCUAUAAUGGCCAUAUUGAAGUUGUUAAAUACCUUAUAUCUAUUGGAGCUGAUAAAGAAGCAAAGAAUAAUGAUGGUUAUACUCCACUCAUUCAAGCCUCAAUUAAUAGUUAUCUUGAUGUUGUCAAAUAUCUUAUUUCUGUUGGAGCUAAUAAAGAUGCAAAAGAUUUUAAUGGGAACACUUGUUUAGCUUAUGGAAGUUAUGAAAUAAGAAGCUAUAUUUCUUCAAUUUGA